UAAUGCCUGGAUCUACAAGCUUGUGUGUUUUAAACAAAAGGUGUGAUCAAAACUGAAACAGAAACUAAGUGAGCACUAAGUAACAGUGUAAGAGAAUACCAGAGACAGAAAAUGGAUUUUUUAAAUUGUCUGGACGAUCAACAACUGGUGUGUUUGGUGUGCCAGGAUUCAGGAAAACACACCAACCACAAAUUCUGCCCCACUGACGAGGCAGCAACAGACUGUAAGAUUCUGGCCCAACACACAGAGCGUCAGAUUAAAGAGCAGUUUGAGAAGCUUCACCAGUUUCUACGAGAUGAAGAGGCAGUCAGGAUCGCUGCCCUGAGAGAGGAAGAGGAGCAGAAGAGUCAGAUGAUGAAGGAGAAGAUUGAGAAGUUGAGCAGAGACAUAUCGUCUCUUUCAGACACAAUCAGAGCCAUAGAAAAGGAGAUGAGAGAUGAGGACGUCCUGUUCUUACAAAACUACAAGGCCACAGUGAAAAGGUGAGUGAUGUGGUUCCUGUCUCUCUGCUUCUCUGUGUUUCUGAAUCCAAAGCCACAGCAACACUGACUCCUGAAUGUUUUUGCAGAGCCCAAGUAAUUGUAUGUGUAUGUAUGUGUUUAAUUUUAAUAGUCUGUCUGCUGUAUU